UGGACUGCAAGUACGGAGCCCGGCUAGACCCACGCGGCCGCCGCCCGCCGCACCGACGCCGCCCGCCGCGAUGGCGCGCCGCCUUUUCUGCGCCACGAGAGCGCUCCUUCUUCCCGUCCCAGCUCCCGCGCCGGCGCCGGCUCCGAUAUCUUCUGCGGCGGCUGCGGAGGCGGCGGCUUCGCUCCUGCCACUGCUCCCCUGCAAGCGGCGCAGGAAGCUCCUGAAGAAGCUCAACAGCCCGCGGGCCGCCCCCAUCGAGCCGGAGGCCGCGCGCCGCGUUCCGGCGCUCGACGCCGUACUCGACCGCGACACGGCCUUCCGCUUCCUCCACCGCGCGCGCUCGUUCCUGGCCUCCCUCCCGCCUCCCCACCGGAUCCCCCUUUCCGAGGCCGGCAAGCUGUACCGCGAGCUCGGCUUCCCCCGUGGCCGCAAAGUGGCGCGCUCCGCGGCGCGCCACCCGCUGCUGUUCCACCUCCCUGUCGUGGACUCCGUCCCGCACCUCGCGCUCACGCCGCUCAUGCGCUCGCUCCUCGAGGAAGAGCGCCGCAUCCACGACACCCUCCUCCCGUCGCGGGUGCGCGCGGUCCGGAAGCUCCUCAUGCUCACCGCCCACCGCCGCGUGCCGCUCGCGAAGCUCCACCACUGCCGCGCGGUGCUCGGCCUCCCCGAUGACUUCCGAGACCGUGUCCGCGACUUUCCGGAUGACUUCCGCGUCGUCGUCGACUCCGCGGACGGCCGCCAUGUCCUCGAGCUGGUGCGCUGGGACCCCGCGCUCGCCGUCAGCGCGCUGGAGCGCGACUUCGUCGUGGACGAGCGCCGCGUCCGGCGCACGUUCCGCUUCGCCGUCCCGCACCGCCGGCUGAUGCCGCUCGACGCGGAGGACGCUGACCGCCUCGACGCAGCGACCACGUUCCCGCUGGUCUCGCCGUACACCAACGGCGCGCUGCUCAAGCCGUGGACGCCCGAGGCGGAGAAGUACCGCGUCGGUGUGGUGCACGAGUUCCUGAGCUUGACGGUGGAGAAGCGCGCGAUGAUCCACCACAUAGUCGAGUUCAAGGAGGAGUUUGGGCUCACGCGGCACAUGUACGAGUCACUGAAGAAGCAGAACCGCGCGUUCUACCUCGCCGGCACGGAGAUGAACUGGGCCCUGUUCCUCAGGGACGCCUACGACCAAAAUGGCGUGCUCAAGGAGAAGGAUCCCCUCGUGCUGUUCAAUGAGAAACUGCAGCGCUAUGCCUGCAUGACCAAAAUGGAUUCCGGAGAGGCCAUGACUGAUGCUUCGGGCAAUCGGGUUUGACUGAAUAGAAUUAGAUUUCAGUUUGGUGGCUUGUGCCUUGUUCAUCUCCAUUGAACUCAAAGUACAUGUCAGGAGAGCUGCGUAUCUUUAUAUUUAUAGAGGGAAAAGGCCAACCCACUCUGUCACACUAGAACAGAGGGGUUGCAGUACAGAAUAAGAUUACAAAAUCACCGGUAAAAGGUAAACAAACACGACCUCAACAAGGCUACUUAGAUUAGCCCCUCCAUCCGACCAAGUCCUAGUUCCUGGAGUUUUCAGGCUCCAGCCAAUUCCCAUAUCUUCAGUUCAUCCAUGAAUCGCCGCCGUGCAUUUUUAACCAAUGGAAGAGUGCCAUCGAAGACACACCUGUUUCUUUGUUUCCAUAAGGUCCAAGCUCCCAAAAUGACAGCACUGCUGAAACCCAAGUGGAGCUAACAGUGGAGCUGACACCAUGUGCCAGAAUCGUCAAGUGAAAACACAAGUUGUGAUAAUGUGCUGGAUUGUUUCUGCUUCCUGAUCACACAACACACAUUCUCAGGAUAUGGGAGAUCUCUCAUAGCCAAUCUGUCUGCCAUCCAACAUCUGUUUUUAGUGGCCAGCCAAAGGAAUACUUUGCAUUUGGAUGUUGCUCAGUCUUAUAAAUGCAGAUCAUUCUUGUUACUAGCACUUAGCAGAUGUUGUCAUGGGAAUCAUUCCUCGUCCCCUUUAGAAUCUGAAGAUUACCCAUCUUGGAGAGCUGCACCCUUUGAACCAUUCACAUCAGGAGAUCAUAUUGUGGUUGACUGCCUGAAUUGUUUACCCUCUGUACUCCUCGUGGAAAUCUAAUCCCAUUCAUCAGGGCACUUUUCACGAUUGCACAGGCAAGAAUAAGUUUCAGCGCAUGCAUUUGCAAAGCUCUGGAUUCGAGAGUUCGGCCAUAUGCUGUUGAAGCAGGUUAGUUCUCAGCAUUAUGCUGACAGCCUGGUGGGGGCUUUGCCUCCACUCCAUUACUUGUCCCUUUUUUUUAGGAAAAUGUGUUUUAAACACAUUCAGUAAGAAAGGUUCCUGAUUAUAUGUAUGGUAAAGUGAUAUACUCCCUCAGUUUAUAAAUGUAUGACAAAUUUGAAAUUGACGUAUGUGACAAUAAAGUUAAUAGAAUCCACAUAAUGUCAUGAAAGUACCUUUUUUUUUACCUGU